AUGCCUCCCAAACGGGCAUUGUGGUCAGAAGACGAUCUGAUCGCAGCUGUUAGAGCAGUACAAAGAGGAACUUUGAGUUCGUAUAAGACUGCAGAGAUCUAUAGGGUUCCUAGAAGAACAAUUAGAAAUCAUCUGCAGUCUGGCAGUUUAAAGAAAAGUUUGGGACGUAAACCUAUAUUAAAUGAUGAAGAGGAAGCUCAACUUGUGCAAAAGAUAAUCCGGUAUUCUGAAAUGGACUUACCUGUGACACCAAGAAUAUUGCGUCAAUUGGUGUAUUAA